AUGGAACCUGACAAAUCCAUCUGCAAAGGACGACCGAAUAAGCAAACCAUUGGCAUCCAGGUUUGUCGGGCAUACGAGCAGCAGUCUGACACUGACACACAUGCGGUCUGUCUGUCAGCCACCACGCUCCGUCCUCCGACUCCGUCCUCCGACUCCGAACAGUCUGAGUCAUGCGCCGAACGCCUAGCGUACUCGUUCCUGGCGCUAACCAACACCCAUCACCGACGACCCAGUUUCGAUGAACCACGGACCCACACCCUCGAAAUGAAUGGCUUCGGUGGUGAUCGGAAAUACGUUGUACAACCACCCAUCAUCCCUGAUUCGAUGACGAGGGAGGACGGACUCGACCUGCCUGGUCCACGAACGUUCAAACAAGCUAUUGCCUAA